AUGUCCGCCACCGACAAUAGCUCUGCACCUCUGCGCAAGGACAAAGGUCCUGAGACCAAUGGUGCCAGUGAUGGCCAUAUCGGGUUUCGCCCUCAGCAGAACAUGACUGUUGAGCCCCCCAAGCCGCGCGAUCUUCAGCCAAGCUAUGCCUCUAUUGUUGGAGACGACGCCAACCCCGAGGGCUGGUAUGGAUCAAUGAUCAACGCCCUCGGCGCUUGCAUGGGAACAUUGGGUGCGGUUCCGUGCAUCAUCUGCUGUCCCAACCCCUACAAGCAAGUUCAUCAGGGUAACGUGGGCCUGGUCACCAAGUUCGGCAAGUUCUACAAGGCCGUGGACCCUGGCUUGGUCAAGAUCAACCCGCUUUCGGAGCGUCUGCACCAGGUCGAUGUCAAGAUCCAGAUUGUCGAGGUUCCCAAGCAGACUUGCAUGACCAAGGACAACGUGACUGUCCAUCUAACUUCGGUCAUCUACUACCACAUCAUCAGCCCUCACAAGGCCGCUUUUGGCAUCGCCAAUGUCCGCCAGGCCCUUAUCGAGCGUACUCAGACCACCCUCCGCCACGUCGUUGGAGCACGCAUCUUGCAAGACGUCAUUGAGCGCCGCGAGGAGAUUGCCCAGAGCAUUGGAGAGAUUAUUGAGGAUGUCGCCGCUGGUUGGGGUGUACAGGUCGAGUCCAUGCUCAUUAAGGACAUUGUUUUCAGCCAAGAGCUGCAGGAGUCGCUCUCCAUGGCCGCCCAGAGCAAGCGUAUUGGAGAGUCCAAGAUCAUCGCCGCCAAGGCCGAGGUGGAGAGCGCAAAACUGAUGCGUCAGGCCGCCGAUAUCCUCUCAUCUGCACCCGCCAUGCAGAUCCGCUACCUCGAGGCCAUGCAGGCCAUGGCCAAGUCGGCCAACAGCAAGGUCAUCUUCCUCCCCGCCGCCAAUCAGACCAUGGGCCAGGGAUCUCCGGCCUUCAACGCUGCUCUGCAACAGGAAAGUCAGAACUUUGGCGAGAGCUCGGGCGGCGAUGCCCACGACUUUGGCGCUGCCGACCCGCAGUUUCAACGAGCUAUGAACGCCCGAGUCAUUGAGAACAUUUAG